CCCCCCAGAAUCAUUUUUUUCAAAUUUCAACCGCCCCCCUCACCGGAAUUUCGGGUUUCUCCUCUUAUCCUUCGAUUUUUCGACCAUAACUCCCUCUCCCGACCUCCAAAUCACAAACCGCGACCGCCCCCACGCUCCUGGCAUCGAGGAGCACAAUCCCCAGAGGUUAGGGUGUGUUUGGCCAAGUUCGGGUCGCCGGCGACGAGUUCUCUGGCGAGUCUCCGGUGGGUUUUCCGGCGACUUGGGGUGUUUUCUUCCACUUUCUUCACCUCUCUUGCGGUAUCUACUUGCGUCUCCAGGUGUGUUUUCAUUGCCUCUUAUUUUAUUUUUGUAGAAUCGAUACCUAGAGUUAGGUGAAGAAUUUAUGAUUGUGGCAUGAUUUGGGAAUGAUUUGGUAGGCCGAUGGCGCUCUUUGGUUGUUAUAUUUUUGUCUCGGGAUUUCAGUUUUUCGGCCUACCAUUUGCAUGUUGGCAUUGCAUGCGUGCUUGUGUAGUUUUUGUAUGGUGGAUCGAUUGGUGAAUACUUGGUAUGGAUUUGGUGUUUGUUCCACCGGGGGCCUAGUCCACUUUCCAAAUCGCUCGAUUUGAGGGUCCCCGGUGUGUUUGUUUGUGUGAUUCUCGUGUGAUUGGUAUGCUUGUUUCACCGAGAGCCUAGUCCACUGUCCAUAUCUUUUGAUAUGAGGGCUCCCAGUGUGGUUUUUGCCUAACAUUGACCCUGUUCGCAUGUAUGCCAUUUGUACAUCCUUGUGCUUUGCAGGAUCAUGGAAGACUUCCUCGACCAGUUGAGCAUCACACAACGCCAUUUGCUACGGACCAUCCGUACCCACCACAUCUCCGAGCACCUGCAUCUCGAUUUUGAGGUGUUCGAGGCGCUUCAUGCCAGGCCGUAGAUGGAGGCUGCUGUACGCCCCUAUGGUUGGCGGCGCCUUCUCUGCCUCGCCGAGCCGACCUACCAGGAGCUCGUCUGGGAGUUCUACGCAUCCUUACGCCACACCCCGAGGGGGUCAGCCGACCAUUCUGAUGCGGUUCAUUUCACGCUCGGCGGGGUGGAGCACUCCAUCAGUUACUGGGAGUUGGCCUCUGCACUUUGGCUCAACUUCCCGCACCCCAGCGACCGACCCCUGUACGUGGACAUAACUGAUCCCACCAACUUUGCUUCCCAGGUCUACUUCCAGCGCAUCUGCCUGCCGAACCAUGUGGAUGAGCAAUACGUUGCCAGCCAGACGCGUGCCACUCUCCUCCGUCCGGAGUGGCGGAUCCUUAACCAUUUGCUCACCCAGUCCUACACCCCCAGCCGAGGGUCAUCCAACCGGGUCACACUCCGGACACUGUUCUUCAUGCAUGCGAUGGGUCGUUCUGAGGACACCAUCGAGCUAGGCUCUGUGCUUGCCCGGACUUUCACCAAAGCUUCCGCCAGCCAGGAUCGCAACCUUGUCUGUGGCCCAGUGAUCACCGCCGUAGCCCGCUACUACGGGGUCGACACCACUAGGAUGACCAUGGUCCGAGGACCGACCCCGUUCAGCGAAGUCGUCCUCCGCCAUCAGCAUAUGGUUGCUCGCCAAGGGCGUGUGCACUGGAUUGUGGGCCUCCCUCGUCCACCUGAACCUGCAGAGGGCGACCAGCCAGAGUCGAGCGCAGCUGGGGGACGCCGGGUUCCUCGUUGUACUGUUCGUCGGGCCCAGACUCCUGCGAGCCCCUCCGCUGCUCCUAGGUCUCCUACUUCUGGGUCUCCUGCUCCCGUGGUGCCCAUUUCUGACCAGUUGGGGGCAAUCGCUCAGCAGAACGAGCGCAUUCUGGUCGGCCAGGCGAGCAUUCACACCCGCCUCGAUCGUGAGCGGGACCGCGGCCAUCGUCUUAUGUCCGUCCAACACUACAUCAUGUCGUACCUGGGCUUGGACCCGAACGCAGUCCACUACCCCUUCGUGCAGUCACCAGGGUAUGAGGACGAGUACCCUCCACCCACCGACGAUGGUGGCGAUGCGUUCUAGUGGCGAGUGGCUAGUUCUGCACUUCACAUGUUUUCCCAGACUGAGACUCCAUUUUUUUGUUGUUUCGUUUUGUUUUAUAUUUUUUUUAUUUUGGAUUGUAGACUUGGAACUCCGGUUCUUUCACCCGAUGUGUGUCUUUUGUUGACUUUAGCUCUGUGCCUUGGGCUGGUUCCCCUUUCAGCCCCCUGCUAUUGACUGGUCUGCCUCCCAGUCCCCGUUCCUGAUCUCAUUUCACGAUAACAUCGUUCCCCUUCCCUCUGCUCCACCGAGGACACUGUCGCAUUUAAGUGUGUGUGUGUGGGGGGGGGGUUCUUUGUAUUAAUUGGAACGUAUAUAUGUGUGCUUGGAGCCUAGUCUGCUGUCCAAAUCUCGAGAUUUGAGGGCUCCAAGCACUGCUGUUUGCUUGUUGUUUGAUCGUAUUGGCAUUGUGGAUGUGAUUAGUGAAUUGAAUGGCUUUUGACGUAAUGCAUGACAACUUGAGUGUGACUAAGACAACUUAUUAUGAUGACUGAGAUGUGCAGUAGAACUGUGUAGGGAUUCAGUUUUUCAACUGUUUGCUUACUAACUGUGACUUGGAUUGAUCACUUGCUCUUGACAGUCAUUUAUGCAUCUAGUUCAGGGAAUCAGAAUGAGAGAUAGAGCAUAUAGGUAGCCAUGUGAGACUUGAGCCUGCUCGUUUCUUUCUUGUGCGAUAGUUCCCUCUUCCAUGAUGUGCAGCAUUCACGUUGUCAUUAUCUAAGAUGGAGGCGUAGGAUUAGCCCACGACCAAAUUGGCUGUCCUGAUUUGUCAUACCCCCUAGUCAGCCCUUUGAGCCGUGUGUUAUCUUUUCUUCCGGUCUAAAUGGAAAAUCACCCUUUUGCAUCUUUUAGAAGGUUCCCCUGAGUGGUUUCUCCAUGUUUUCUGCUGUUUCUGGUAAAUGUAAUGUGAGAGUUGGAGGUAGUUCUUGAAAAUAAAAAGGGCAUGUGUUUGCAAAAAUGUGCAUAGGUGGUUGUUCUCUCAAGAAAUGAAAAAAAAAAGAAAAAAGUGAAUGAAAGCAAAAGAGAGCCACCACCACAAAAUCUGAUGCGCCCAUUGAGUAGUGUUUCUUAGCAGUGUGGCUGGGAAAUACUAAGUUUUAGGUGACCUCCUUCGCUCUUGUGCUCUAAUUAAUGUGAGUAACGCAGAAUGGCAGAAAGAAAGAGUGGUUUGAUUGACAGUGAGUGUGUUGGGUUUGGAAAUGUGGAACCUUGUGCUAUGAAUAUUUCCACCACCUAAAAAGGCCUUUUCCCCAUGUCCAAGACCCUAGCCAGUCAUCUGAACCUGUGUCAAAGACCUCCGGAUUAGUUAGUGGUGACACCCCAUAUGUGAACUCUAGCAUUUAGAGGCUGCCUUCAUCGUGAAGAGACGUUAUGGAUUGAGAGAAUAAGCAUGCGCAUUUUUCGCAUCAAAUUGUCCUGACCCCACUGUACGAGAGUGAGCGAUUCAUUUUCUCAUAUUCUCUAUACUCUUUAUCUCGGUGAGGACCUAGAUUGCUCGAUCUUAAUUCUGAUAUCUUGAGCUUUGUGCAUGAAGUGACUGUCUGGAAUAAGUGGUUGAGUCAAGUCUAUGUUGGUUGGGGAACAGAAGGGAGACUCUUCCUUUGCUCGACUUUACUGCAUUCGAAUGUCACCUGUGGUGGUUGUCUAGGUUGUCGUUGAGGUUGUCCAUGUGUUAAUGAUCAAAAGAAGUAUGAUCCACGUUUUUUGUGCCGAUAUGAUAGGCCCUAAAGCCUGCUUGAUUGAAACGUUUUGAGCUUACCUUGUGUCUGACUUGGUUUGCUUGGGGACAAGCAAACGGUUAAGUGUGGGGGGAUUUGAUAACGAUGUAAUUGCACAUGUUUGCACCCCUAGUUCUUAUCCGUUUGUGGGGCAUAGUCGUGUAUUUUUGGCCAAUUUUACGUCGGGUUGUGCUACUUUGUCAUAUUUCAGGUCCCGGAAGUCGAAGGAAAGGCUAAGCAAGAGUUUCAGGGCAUUCGGAAGUCAUUCGGUCGAGCUGGAGCCAAAGCACGGGCGCGCCUAAAUCAAAGCACGGCCGUGUUCCUGGACCGUGUUUUUACUGCCGAGGCUUGAUCCAAGAUUGUCCAACGCUGGCCCAAAACACGGGCGGGACUGACUCAAAACACGGUCGUGUCCAACAUUAGGCACGACCCUGUUUUCCUAAAAAAUCUGGCCGUGUUUUUAACACGUGGCAAGGGCACGGGCGGGCAGGAGCAAAGCACGACCGUGUUUUGCCCAGUGAUGCCCUUUUAGGCAGAUUUGAGCCAAAAGAGAAAGGGUUCCGAUUUUUAGAGAGACAGAGCGAUUCCUAGAGAGAGAAAGCGACGAACCAGAGUUCCCAAGUGCCCUAGCUUGAUCUUCAUCACCAUUGGAGCUCGGCUUACACUUGGAGAAGUGCCGAUUGACGGCCAGGAGCAAAACCCAUCCUUCACAAGAUAAUUUCCGCAUCUGAAUCUGCUUUUGCUUCUCUCUCCAUGGAGUAGUUUUCCCAUUCAUCUGGGUAUGGAGAACCCUAGAUUUGUAUGUUAGGUCUGAUUGUAUGAACCCAAGUAUAGAUUUUAUGAUUUGAUUAUAUUCAAUUGAGGCUUGAAUGAUUGAAUGACUUGAAUCCUGAUCAAAUUCCUGUUAUUUCUGCUAUUGCCUAGAAAGAGAAUAUCUGCCUAGGUUAAUAGAGCACCCUUAAUUGAAGGUAGUGAAUUGGCGACUUUAGUCGAAGAGCCAGUUCACUAUUCUGUACCGAAUUUACUUUGGUAGUGGAGGUUUGGUUCGUUAGGGCCUCAAUCUGUUUACUACGGUGGAGGUUAGUCGCCCGCUGGGGACUCAGAUUGAGAGGGUCUGGAGACCUUUAGUCGAGACUUCAGACUGUUUAAGAACCUCCCGCAGUAUAACUAUCAUUAAAACUGAACUUGGUAAAUUGCAAUCCGGCUUAACUGCAGUCUAGGGGGAACCAUAUCCGGGUGACCUCUCUCGACUUGAAAACGACCGUUUAGUUGCUUGCUUUAGUUGUUUGCUUGUUUGAACCUACACUAAAGUUUCACCGCUAGAUAAUAAGAAUUCGCUGAGUAGUCAUCACAUCUAGGACCCGGGUUGACAUUAAAACCCAAACCCGCUAUACUAUGCUUUAGGAAGUGGUUGCACUUGUCCAUUUUCUAGAGUGACAGUAGGAGUGAGUUACUGGCGCAGUGGUUCCUUUUGUCGGACCACGAGUUAAUACAGUCCAGAAUGGACUACUUUACCACAAAGGGGCCAUGUAUGUGGAAUCUCAAGGUCAGAUGAGGGUUCAAUUGUUACAAUUGUUCCACGGCUCUCCUGUAGGGGGUAUUCUGGUCUCCAGGCCUCUUACCAACGUCUUAAGCAGUAUUUUUGGUGGCCGAGUAUAAAGAGGCAGUUUAAAG